AUGGACCAAACUGUUAAAGUCGGUGCCGUGCAAGCAGAGCCUGUAUGGCUCGACCUAGAAGGAAGUGUUGACAAAACCAUCUCCCUGAUCGAGAAAGCAGCCGUUGAUGGAGUCCAAGUACUUGGGUUUCCAGAAGUUUGGAUUCCUGGUUAUCCAUGGUAUGAUCGGAAUCUGCAAAUGUGGACAUCUCCAGUCAUCAACAAUGGAGGUUGGAUCCACGAGUACAUGGCCAAUUCUAUGCGCCGAGACUCACCUCAGAUGAAGCGAAUCCAACAAGCUGUCAAGAAAGCGGGUAUGCUCGUCGUUCUCGGGUACAGCGAGCGAGAUGGAGCAAGCCUGUACAUGGGACAAUCAUUCAUCGAUACAAGUGGCGAAAUUAUCCAUCAUCGACGAAAGAUCAAGCCUACUCACGUGGAACGAACAAUCUGGGGCGAAGGACAGGCCGAAUCGCUCAAAGUUGUCGUUGACACCAAGUUCGGAAAGGUCGGCGCGUUGAACUGCUGGGAGCAUUUGCAGCCAUUGCUUCGAUACAACGAAUAUGCACAGGGUGUGCAGAUCCAUAUCGCCAGUUGGCCAGCUGAGUUCGAGAUGCCAGACCCUGAAAAGAUUGCUUGGCUGUACCACGAGACCGGCGAGGCGAGCUAUCGCGCAAGUCAGUUCAUGGCCAUUGAAGGGGCAACUUUUGUCGCUGUGGCCUCACAGGUUCUCACCGAAAAGAACUUGGAAAGAAACGGGCUGACAGGCAAUCCUGUCACCAAAACACCGGGUGGCGGAUUCUCGAUGAUCUUUGGGCCCGACGGCAAGCCACUUGCAGAGCCUAUCGGUGACGGUGAAGAGGGCAUCAUAACGGCUGUGGUCAAUCUGAGAGAUAUUGAUAAGCCCAAGGCUUUCAUUGACGUCGUUGGGCAUUAUGCGCGGCCUGACCUGCUGAGUCUCAAGGUCAACGAGAAGGUUGCAAAGCAUGUCGUCGUGGAUUAG